AUGCUCCAAGUCUUCAUCAUCGGCGGCGGCCUAGCAGGCUUAGCCUCUGCCCGCGUCCUACGCGAAUACCACGCAGUAACAGUCCUAGAGCGCUCCCCCGGCGGCCACGAGCAGGCCGCGGCAAUCCAGCUGGCGCCGGGGGCCGUCAAGGUCGUGCAGCAACUGGGACUGGACAAGCGCCGGGCAGGCUCACUCACUGGCGCGUAUUGGAGAACGCUCAGUCGGCAAGGCGAUAUUCUGAAAGAGGCCGAUAUGAGCGCCGUCUCCCGUAAGGCAGGUGCCGACUGGUAUUGGCAGCAUCGCGCUGAUCUGUGGGAUGAGUUGCUUCGGCUUGCGACCGCCCCAUCACAGGAAUUGGGGAUUCAAGGCGAGCCGGCGAAGAUUAUCUGGGGGGCGAAGGUGGAGGGAGUUGAUGUGGAUCAGGGGAUUGUUCGGUUGGCUGAUGGUGAGGAGCUUCAAGGGGAUUUGAUUAUUGGCGCCGAUGGUAUAAAAUCCAUGGUUCGGCCUUUGGUUGUUGGAGAAGACUCUUUCCAGUUCGCGCGGCCUUCUGGACUCUCUGCAUUUCGCUUUACUUUGCCUGCUGCGGCGGUCACUGAAGCCGUCGGCGAGUGGCCUGUGUUGAACCGAAAGGAGCCCGCAACCGGAGACAUCCAUCUUGCGCAGGAUGACAGCCGCCGCUGUGUUGUAUUUUACCCGUGCCGCAACUUCGAAAUCUUGAAUGCCGUCUGCAUCGCCCCAGACUCUGCCCUGCGCGUGGAAACCACCGAGUCGUGGUCAAGCAACUGCAGUCGAGAGGAUCUGCUUCAUGCGUUCGCCGAUUAUGGUUCUCAAUGUCGAACUAUCUUCCAAAUGGCCGACAAUAUUAAACUCUGGCAACUCCGCGACCAGGACCCUCUCCCUACGUACAUCCGCGGGAGAACCGUGCUCAUCGGAGAUGCCGCGCACGCUAUGACACCGCAUCAGGGUCAGGGUGGAACGCAAUCCAUUGAGGACGCAGAGGGCUUCCGGCUGUUUACUCUCGCUGACAUUGAUCGAUCCUCGGUGCCGGCUGUCCUGCAAGACUUUGACCGCGUUCGCAGAGUCAGGGCUUCACGGAUUCAAAACAGUACGAAAGAGUCGCAUGACCGGAGGACGCCUGAAGAUAUUUUCCGGAAUGUGGUGUAUAGCUGGACAUAUCCCGGAAUCGAGGAGUGUUUGGCGCGAUUGGACGCUGGGAAGGAGAUGAUUGAGGUGUCUUAG